UUCAGAGGACACACCAUCAGAGACUGGCUGAGACAGAGACCGAGGGCAACCACGGUGCAAUACAUCUUUGGAUUUCCACAGUUUACACACUGACAGGUCCCAGAAAAUGGUGUUCGGCAUCCGGAAGCGUAUCCAUGACCACAUGGUGGAGCGAAGAAUCUGCAGAAGCCGGCUGGUGACCAAAUAUGGCCGCUGCAACAUUGAAUUCGGCAACGUGAAGUACGGCAACCAUUUUGCCUUCCUCGUGGACUUCUGGACGACCUUCGUAGAGUUCCGCUGGCGCUUUGUCCUCUUCUUCUUCAUCGCCUCCUUCACCCUGAGCUGGUUCAUAUUUGGACUGAUUUGGUUCUGGAUCGCCCGGAACAACGGGGACCUGACGUGGCAGAACCCCUCGAAAAGCCACAUCCCCUGUGUGGACAACGUCUACAAUCUCAUUACAGCAUUCCUCUUCUCCCUGGAGACACAGACCAGCAUCGGGUACGGUGGACGUGCCAUCACCCCUUUCUGUUCUGGUGCUGUAACCCUCAUCAUUAUCCAGUACCUCAUAGGUAACAUCAUCAACUGCUUCAUGUGUGGAGUCAUCCUUGCUAAGAUCUCCAUCCCUAAGAAAAGGGCCAAGACCAUCACAUUCAGUGAGAUGGCUGUCAUCUGUCCUAAGAAGGACUUCCUUUGCCUCAUGAUAAGAGUGGCCAACUUACGCAAGACCCUGAUGAUCGGGAGCCAGAUCUACGGCAAGCUGUUGAGGACAACCAUCAAACCCGACGGGGAGACAAUCAUCAUGGACCAGGUGAACAUUGAGUUCAUGGUGGACGCUGGGAAGGACAACCUCUUCUUUGUGUGCCCUCUCACACUCUACCAUGUGAUCGACAAUACUAGCCCUUUCUUUGAGAUGGCAGUGGACACACUCCACAAGCAAGAGUUUGAGCUGGUGGUCUUUCUGGAUGGCACAGCCGAGUCCACCAACUCAGCCUGCCAGGUCAGGACUUCCUUCAUCCCUCAGGAAAUCAUGUGGGGUUACAACUUCCUGCCCAUCAUCUCCCGCAACAAAGAGGGCAAGUACAGAGUGAACUUCUCCAACUUCUCCAAGGUGGUACCUGUGGCUACUGCACACUGUGCCUACUGCUUCCACAACAUGAAGGGACACCACCUCCACUCCAUUGACGGAAUUGACAAUGGGGAAUUUGAAGUGAUUGAUAACUUAGAACAACCUAAUAUGACCAAGAUGUGAGCUUUUGGAGAGAAUAUGUGGCGUUCGGAAUAGAAGCCAGUUAUAGGUUGUACACUCUUAGAAAAAAAGAGUUCCAACAGGAUUCUUCAGUCCUUUUGUUUCAACACUGUAAAAAAAAAAUGUUUAUCUGAACAAGCCUGAUUUUCCUGCAUUCAUACUUUAAAAUCGUAUUAUAUAAUUUUAAGAAUGAUUUACAGUACAGUCAAAUGUUUGGACAGACCUACUCAUUCAAGGAUUUUAGUCUUUAUUUGUACAAUUUUCGACAUUGUAGAAUAAUAGUGAAGACAUCAAAACUACGAAAUAACACAUAUGGAAUCAAGUAGUAACCAAAAAAGUGUUAAAUAAAUAAAAAUAUAUAUAGUUGAUAUUCUUCAAAAUAGCCACCCAUUGUCUUGAUGACAGAUUUGCACACUCUUGGCAUUCUCUCAACCAUGAAGGGACCUGGAAUGUCACCUGGAAUGCAUUUCAAUUAACAGGUGUUCCUUGUUAAAAGUUAAUUUGUGGAAUUUCUUUCCCUCUUAUUAAUGUGUUUGAACUAAUCAGUUGUGUGACAAGGUGGGGGUGGUAUACAGAAGAUAGCCCUAUUUGGUAAAAGACCAAGUCCAUAUUAUGGCAAGAACAGCUCAAAUAAGCAAAGAGAAAUAACAGUCCAUCAUUACUCUCUGGGGUAGGUGGGACGCAAUCGUCCCACCUGGCCAGUAGCCAGGGAAAAUACAGGGCGCCAUAUUCAAAUAAAAUGAUAUAAAAAUCAAACUUCAUUAAAUCACACAUGUAAGACACCAAAUUAAAGCUACACUCGUUGUGAAUCCAGCCAACAUGUCAGAUUUCAAAAAUACUUUUUGGCGAAAGCAUAAGAUGCUAUUAUCUGAUGAUAGCACAACAGUAAACAAAGAGAGUAGCAUAUUUCAACACUGCAGGCACGACACAAAACGCAGAAAUAAAAAUAUAAUUCAUGCCUUACCUUUGAUGAACUUCUUUUGUUGGCACUCCAAUAUGUCCCAUAAACAUCACAAAUGGUCCUUUUGUUCGAUUAAUUCCGUCGAUAUAUAUCCAAAAUGUAAAUUUAUCUGGAGCGUUUCAUCCAGAAAAACACAGCUUCCAACUUGCGCAACGUCACUACAAAAUAUAUCAAAAGUUACAUGUAAACUUUACCAAAACAUUUCAAACUACUUUUGUAAUACAACGUUAGGUAUUUUUAAACGUUAAUAAUCGAUCAAAUUGAAGACGGGAUGAUCUGUGUUCAAUACAAAAAGAAAACAAACUGCCACAACUUUUCUGGUAAUGUGCCUCUCUCAAACAAUUUACUUCAAGUGACCCUCAUUUAAGAUGGCCGUACUUCUUCAUUACACAAAAGAAAAACCUCAACCAAUUUCCAAAGAUUGGUCACAUCCAGUGGAAGCGGUAGGAACUGCAAACAAGUCCCUUAGAAAUCUGGUGUCCCAAUGAAACCUCAUUGAAAAGACAAUGACCUCAAAAAAAAUUCUGAAUGGUUUGUCCUCUGGGUUUUGCCUGCUACAUAAGUUCUGUGAUACUCACAGACAUGAUUCAAACAUAUUUAGAAACUUCAGAGUGUUUUCUAUCCAGAUCUACUAAUAAUAUGCAUAUCUUAUCUCCUGGGGAUGAGUAGGAGGCAGUUGAAUUUGGGCAUGCUAUUUAUCCAAAAGUGAAAAUGCUGCCCCCUACCCCGAAGAAGUUAAGACAUGAAGUUCGGUCAAUAUGGAAAAUUUCAAGAAGUUUCUUCAAGUGCAGUGGCAAAAACCAUCAAGCGCUAUGAUGAAAGUGGCUCUCAUGAGGACUGCCACAGGAAAGGAAGACCCAGAGUUACCUCUGCUGCUGAGGAUAAGUUCAUUAGAGUUAACUGCACUUCAGAUUGCAGCCCAAAUAAAUGCUUCACAGAACUCAAGUAACAGACACAUCUCAACAUCAACUGUUCAGAUGAGACUUUGGGAAUCAGGCCUUCAUGGUCAAAUUGCUGCAAAGAAAACACUACUAGAGGACACCAUUAAGAACAAGAGACUUGCUUGUGCCAAGAAACACGAGCAGUGGACAUUAGAUCGGUGGAAAUCUGUCCUUUGGGCUGAUGAGUCCCAAAUUUAGAUUUUUGGUUCCAACCGCUAUGUCUUUGUGAGACGCAGAAUAGGUGAAAGGAUGAUCUCCGCAUCUGUAGCACACUUAACCAGCAUGGCACACUUAACCAGCAUGGCUACCACAGCAUUCUGCAGCGAUACGCCAUCCCAUCUGGUUUGCUUUUCAUUUGUUUUCAAUGGACAAUGACCCAACACACCUCCAGGCUGUGUAAAGGUUAUUUGACCAAAAAGAUGGCCUCCACCAUCACCUGACCUCAACCCAAUUGAGAUGGUUUGGAUCGCAGAGUGAAGGAAAAGCAACCAACAAGUGCUCAGCAUAUGUGGGAACUCCUUUAAGACUGUUGGAAAAGCAGUCCUCAUGAAGCUGGUUGAGAGAAUGCCAAGAGUGUGCAAAGCUGUCAUCAAGGCAAAGGGUUGCUACUUUGAAGAAUCUCAAAUAUAACAUAUAUUUUGAUUUGUACAACACUUUCUUGGUUACCUCACGAUUAUUCUAUAAUGUAGAAAAUAGUAAAAAUAAAGAAAAACCUUGAAUGAGUAUGUGUGUCCAAACUUUUGACUGGUACUGUACAAGUGCUGACUAGUUUAGACUAUUUAGCUUGUUUUAAGAAGCUUGGUUUUAUUUGUCUUGAGUUGUCUUACAUAGUUAUUACAUCUUAGUAUAAGGAAUUCUGCAAAUUAAAUGAGACACAUUCCUGAGAGAACAGCUUUUUGAAGCUGGAAUGUACCAAUGACUGGUAUUUGAAGAUACUGUAUUUAGACUUGUUUUAAAAAUCAGACUUGAAGAGACUAUCAAACUAAUAUUUGUAUUAAAAACAUUUACAAUCUA